AUGCUGCCGCAGAUCGCUAUUACCUGUGUCUUAUGUGACUACCAAUCGCUCUAUGAACGUAUCAACCCUACUCCGCGCAAAAGUCUAAUAGAAGUUGCCCGGCGAAUCGAGAAUCCAUUUUACCUUCAGGACUUGGAAAAACGUGCAACAGAGCAGGGCUUGGAAUGGGAAUACCUUGGGCCGAUUGAUGGGACGGGAGCGACUCUGGUAGCUGAUCUGGAGCCAACAACAGACCACGUCCGUGGUGCGAUCUAUCCAGGCGCGAUGAAUGAUUCCUAA